UCGUUUCAAGAUUCAAUGACGAGACUGCAAUGGAGAUUGCAAAGCAAUCUGCCCAGAUUUCCUUGCUCAGAGGGAAUCCAACCAAUCCACCUCACUCUAGAGAGUUGGAGAUUAUCGAACUGUGCAACCAUCUUGUGCACGGGCAGAUUCCGGACGCCUUUCCCGGAGCCCAGCCAACAUCGCUGACGCGGCAAAAGGUUGGAGAGCAGCUGUUGCAGGAACCAUAUCUUGUCUGUGAAAAAACAGACGGGGAGCGCCACUUGUUGCUGGCCUAUCAAGGCCAUGUGUAUUUAAUCGACAGAAAGUGCUGUGUGUGGCAUUGCCCUGUGCAGCUCCCUCUGCCCAAUGUUUCCAAUGGAACUUCCAAUGAUGAAAGGUCUGGAAGGGCACCUGGAUGGCAUCACAAUACGCUCUUGGAUGGAGAACUUGUUGUUGAUGCUGAAGAUGCAGAGGGAAACCAGACAUGCCUUCGGUACUUGGUGUAUGAUGCGAUGCAUAUUGGUGAUGAGGACUUGACCCACCGUCCUCUAUUGUACAGAUUGAAGAAGGCACUCUUUGACGUGAUUUUACCAAAGGAGCAGCUUUUGAGUUUUGGGCGAAAAGCCAACGAUACUAUUCAGCUGAUGUUGAAGGACUUCUUUGAGCUUUGGCAGAUCAAAGAUGUUGUUUCCAUCGCUGGCAAAUUGCCACAUGAAACGGAUGGCCUUGUUUUCACUCCUGUCAUGGUACCGUAUGCGCCGGGAACAUGCCCUGCACUCUUGAAGUGGAAGCCCGCGCACAUGAAUACGGUGGAUUUCAAACUGGAGGUUGUGUUUGGCGAUGGAAAGAACAUGCACGUCAAGCUGCUCGUUGGCUACAAGGCUUCUCACAACUGGCGGGUCAAGUUCUCCGGUCAUUGGCUAGCGAAGACAGGUAAAGCCUUCAAGCAGCUUAAGGAGGCUGAUUUUUCUCAAGGCUUUAUGGUUCAAGCACCCAUUGUGCUGUCCGUUGUGCUGUGCGUUUGUCGUCAUGUGGGAGGGAUCGAGCUUCCUAUGGAGCUGCUUCCUCUGCUUCUGGAGCGAGCAACCAACUACUUUGUGGGACCACCGAUAGCAGCGGCGGUUGUUUUUCUUCUUAUACUUGAUGGUGUGGGCGUCCCGGUUGCAGUGGGCAGCUCUACUACGGUGGUGCCAGUGGUGUCGGACUACAUCGUUCCUAUCAUGGGUCUCAGUGCCAUUUUGGCUGUGCUGGCCUUGGCAUUCAUCCUGGUUGGACCCACUGGAGAGAUCAGACGAAGUCCACAAAGCUGCUAUCCAGUCCCUGAUCGGGCGAGAGAUAUUGUGUGGGGAAGGACAACGGAGGAGGUGCAUUCAAAUAUUUGUGGUUUGGAUGGGCAGACCUACUGUACCAGGUGUUUUGUAUGGCGACCCUCUGGAUCGCAUCAUUGCAGAGUUUGCCAGCGGUGUGUGUCAGGAUUCGAUCACCAUUGCAGCUUCUUCGGCCGCUGCAUCACCGCGCGAAACAUGAUAUGCUUUCAGUUGAUAAUUGGGCUUCUGUUUCUGGCGUUUGCUGCUCAAGCACUCACCUUGAUGAUCGCCUACACCGCACCGAGUCCGGCUGCUUCAGCGCCGGUGCCUCUGCAGUAUCCGAAUCAGCCCUACCAAAGUGGCUACCCACAGCCCACGUACAGCCAAGCAAUAAGCUACCACAGCUACCAGCCAAACUACAACUAG